GUAAACCAGGCGUACGACCAUGAUUACCCUGUGGGUAUUGUUCUUCGGACUCUUCUCUUUCGUGCAGUCAUAUUGCCCGGGUAAAUAGCAGACUUUUUAAGUCCUUCACCCGGUAGGACGGUUAAUUUCCAACAGGCUUGGAGCCGUAUCGUCGAAUCAGGCUCUCCAUGGUAAAAUACCCCCACCAUGUUCAGAGCUCUGACUUUCCUGAACCUCCAGCAAUUCGACCCCAGCUUGCCCCUGCGCCUUUCCAGUUGGCCAUUGUCGGGAGUAUGAGGUCCCAUGACUCUCCGUUCCAGAACAUUUCCGAGUGAAUGGAUCCAGAUACGUACCGAGUCUUUUGGAGUCUCGACACAGCGUAGGAAAGGGACAGACGACCCCACGUCAUAGUAUAAAUUCCGAGACACGUCUUUCGUCCCUCCACCAUUUUCGUAUCAACCUUUUGCUCCCCAUUCUGUCUCACGAUGAGCUCGCGGACUGCAACAGCCCAGAACCCCUCGUUCAUUCUCGAAGGAAUUCACCAGGUGAAGUUCGAGGACCGCCCUGUCCCAGAGCUCAAAAGCCCCUACGAUGUCAUCGUGAACGUUAAGUUCACGGGGAUUUGCGGCAGCGAUGUUCAUUAUUGGGACCAUGGCGCGAUCGGACAAUUUGUGGUGAAGGAGCCCAUGGUUUUAGGCCACGAAUCCUCAGGAGUCAUCAGCAAAGUCGGCUCAGCGGUCACCGGCCUGAAGGUUGGCGAUCGCGUCGCAAUGGAGCCUGGUAUACCCUGCCGCCGAUGCGAGCCUUGCAAAGCAGGCAAGUAUAACCUUUGCGAAAAAAUGGCUUUCGCUGCCACCCCGCCCUAUGACGGUACUCUAGCCAAGUACUAUAUUUUGCCUGAAGACUUUUGCUAUAAAUUACCUCGGUCGAUCAGCCUCCCCGAGGGUGCACUAAUGGAGCCACUUGGCGUUGCCGUACACAUCGUGAGACAAGCCGGCAUCACCCCAGGUCAAACCGUUGUUGUCUUCGGGGCUGGUCCAGUUGGCCUCCUGUGCUGUGCCGUGGCCAAAGCUUUCGGUGCAGCCAAGAUUGUUGCUGUAGACAUCCAGAAGCCAAGAUUGGAGUUCGCGAAGCAAUUCGCUGCAACAACUAUAUUUGAGCCUUCUAGGGUUUCCGCGGCGGAAAACGCAGCCCGCAUGAUCGAGGAAAAUGAUCUUGGCCGUGGUGCAGAUGUUGCGAUCGAUGCCUCCGGUGUUGAGCCAUCUGUCCACACGGGUAUCCAUGCCCUUCGCCCUGGUGGUACUUAUGUGCAAGGAGGUAUGGGUAGAAGCGAGAUGAAUUUCCCCAUCAUGGCAGCUUGCACAAAAGAACUGAACCUAAAGGGGAGUUUCCGCUACGGCAGCGGCGACUAUAAGCUUGCGGUUCAACUUGUGGCUUCUGGUCGGAUUGACGUGAAGAGAUUGAUCUCUGGGACCGUAAAGUUCGAAGACGCUGAACAGGCGUUCAAGGACGUCAAGGCCGGAAAGGGCAUCAAAACACUCAUUUCUGGCCCUGAAACAAACAUCUAGACAAAUUACUGGGUAUUGAAAGUUUACUUUUGGGGGUGGGGUAUAGGAUUGUCAAGAAAGCGCGAUGGGUGACAUGUUAUGGAAGUGUUUACUGGUUAUAUAGUCAGUAUAUCACGAUUAUUCAAGGGCAAAUGGAACCCAGAGAUAAUUUAUUAUUGUGAUACACCUGAAAAAAAAGCCCACCAUCUGUCAGGUUAAGCAAAAAAAUAUUUUUUUCUUUUCUAUUCUGAAAAAAGAAGUGAAAAGGCCAAUAUGAAUUGCAUGAUGCUACUGUACAUAUAAAAAAGGAGAUUGCAUACAGAUACAGAGCUUCCCUCCACAGCUUAGAGGCUUCAAGAGUCCUUGAAUGUUGCCUCAUAUCUAGGGAACUAGUUAGCAUUCGGCCACGUGUUUUAGGGGUAGAAAUACAUACCU